UUUUUUUUUUUUUCCGGGCCGCCCCGGCGGCUGCGUACUGGCUGUGGGAUGGGAAGUGAAGCCCCAGCGAGCGGCUGCGGCGGGGCUGUGCGGAGCAGCCGGCGGGAGGCGGCGGCGGCGGCGACGACGGUGCGGCGGUGAGCAGCCGAGAGCGCGGAGCCGGGCGGAGAGGGAGCACCUGCGGGCACGGGCGGCGGCUCCACCAUGGCGAUUCGCAAGAAGAGCAACAAGAACCCGCCGCUGCUGAGCCACGAAUUCGUGCUGCAGAAUCACGCGGACAUCGUGUCCUGCCUGGCGAUGCUCUUCCUGCUGGGGCUCAUGUUCGAGAUAACAGCAAAGGCAGCCAUCAUCUUCGUUGCUCUUCAGUACAAUGUUACCCGCCCUGUAACAGAAGAACAAGCUACUGAAUCAGCAUCCCUUUAUUACUAUGGUAUCAAAGAUUUGGCUACAGUUUUCUUCUACAUGCUAGUGGCGAUAAUUAUUCAUGCCAUAAUUCAGGAGUAUGUGUUGGAUAAAAUUAACAGACGAAUGCACUUCUCCAAAACAAAACACAGCAAGUUCAAUGAGUCUGGCCAGCUUAGCGCAUUCUACCUUUUUGCUUGCGUGUGGGGCACAUUCAUCCUCGUCUCGGAAAACUAUAUCUCAGAUCCAACUAUCCUGUGGAGAGCUUAUCCCCAUAACCUGAUGACAUUUCAAAUGAAGUUUUUCUACAUAUCCCAGUUGGCUUACUGGCUCCAUGCGUUCCCUGAACUCUACUUCCAGAAAACCAAAAAAGAAGAUAUUCCUCGUCAGCUUGUCUACAUCGGUCUUUACCUCUUCCACAUCGCUGGAGCAUAUCUUCUGAACUUGAACCAUCUGGGCCUUGUUCUUCUGGUGCUGCACUAUUUUGUUGAGUUUCUUUUCCACAUUUCUCGUCUAUUUUAUUUUAGUGAUGAGAAAUACCAGAAAGGAUUUUCUCUCUGGGCGGUUCUUUUUGUUUUGGGAAGACUUCUGACCUUAAUUCUUUCGGUCCUCACUGUUGGUUUUGGCCUGGCAAGAGCAGAGAAUCAAAAGCUGGAUUUUAGUACUGGAAACUUCAAUGUGUUGGCAGUCAGGAUCGCCGUCCUGGCCUCCAUUUGCAUCACACAAGCCUUCAUGAUGUGGAAGUUCAUUAACUUCCAGCUUCGGAGGUGGAGGGAGCAUUCUGCCUUCCAGGCCCCACCUGUGAAGAGGAAACCAGCCGUGACCAAAGGCAGAUCCUCCAGAAAAGGAACAGAGAACGGUGUGAACGGAACCGUCACCUCAAAUGGAGCUGACUCUCCGCGGAACCGAAAAGAGAAGUCUUCAUAAUGGAUCGCACACUGACUUGAUUAACGUCCCCCAAAGAAUCUGCUUUCUGCUCUGUCUUUCGGCACUAGCGAUUUUUCUGUUCUUGAAAAUAUAGUUUCUGCUCUUUGAUUUUUGCUGUUGUACUGUCCCUGCCAUGUAAAAAGGGCGUCGCUGGGAAGAGGAUUACUAGGAGUGAGAAAAUACGUUAGCUUAGACUCGGCUACCUGCCUUCAAAAUAGUUUAGGGACCACCACAUAUUUUAUUUUGCUUUUUGUCUUUAACGUUUUUCUAAUGGUUUGGGGGAGAAACCAUUUACAAAAACCCCCACAUAACCAGUGAAAUUUUUUCUUGCUCUCACCAAUUUUUUAUAAUAUUAUAGCAAGGUGACCUAUUCUAAAAAGGUCAUAUUUUUUAAGUUGUCUUUCAGGGUAAAAUGGAAAUACUAUAAAGUCAGAUGUCAAACUUUUAAUGUUUUCAGUGUUCUCUAAUUUUUAGGAGUUUUUUGUAACCUUUACACCUGGGGAAAAAAAAAAGAUUUAUAAAAUCACCAAAAUAAUUGUGCUUUAUUUUCUAGGUAGUUGUUGUAGGUGUUACAUCCCAUUAAAAAGUACUGAUAGUUACUGCAGAAUUUAUUGCCGUAUAUUGGAGCAGAUGUCUUAUUAACAUGAGAGUACUUAGGAAGUGAAGUCUUUUGUGCAUUUUCAACACUUAUCAUCAAGUGGCAAUCAAAAUGUUUACUGUGAAGAAGAAUAUUCAACUUGCAUAGCCCUUUUUGAUAUGUUUAAUAAUAAUUCUUAACGGGGCUUGUUGUAAGUUUGAUAUGCAUAGCAUCUUAAUGAGAUACCAUUUAACCCUCAAACCCUUUUAAAAAGUGAUGCCUACUUGAUUUAUAGCUAUAAAAAAAGGUGUCAGGUAAUUGUAUUUGGAAAACUAAUGCACUAACUUGAAAGAAAUUGAGAAUUCAGGUGGAGAGUCUUAACAGAAGACAUGCUUUAUGUUAUGCGAUAGCUUUGGACCCAUCUUUAAUUGAGAAACAUUUAUCUGUAUAAAACAUAUUUUUGGAUAAAUAUAUAUAUAUAUUUGUAUCUACAGAAAGGCUCUAAAAAGCAUUUGAGUAAAAUACUGGCUCCCUUUUCUAUGAUUACCCUUCGAGCCCUUCUAUUUGGUUCGUCUGCUGCUGUUACAGUACGCACAGUGCUCCACUCGCUGUCCAGGUCUUGUUUCCCAUUUCUCACUUCCGUCACCAGCUAAAAAAAAAAAAAAAAUGUUCGUGCCAUUUGAAUAUAAAAGCUACAAGCCUAUGGGCUGUGGCUUAAGUUACCGUGCUGCUAGAAAGUUGUGCUUUCUCUUUCCAGCCGUUUACCUACUUCCUGGGAAAAGUCGUAGCUCUCUGUAGCAUUACCAAGUUUCAGUGGAACCAAAUUUCUGCCAUUAAGUUGGUAUUAAUACAUUGAGAAGUCAAUCAAAAUAAAACCUUUUUACUUUCACAAGCUGCUUCCUGGACAAUUCCUUCGCUGUUAUGUUUAUGCUGUUUUGAGCAUUUAUUCUUAUUAAAAUGUACUAUUAAAAA